CGCAUUCACGAGACAGGCGUAUCGUGGCAGCCACCAUCAUCGCGCUUUCGUUGUCGCCGUCGUCGUCAUCGUCGUGGCUAUCGUUCCCAUCGCCGCCAUCGAGUCAGUUUCGGCAGUGAUCUUGAUAAAGAGUCGGCAGCACAGCUGGUGAAAGUCAAAAAACAGGAAAUCGAGCAAGAUUCAACGACAUCAUACAUUACGAACAAAUAGCGUGACUUCUUCGUUAAAACGGACUUUCCGUGUGUGGUAUAUAUACAGGGUGGGCGACAGGCGCCGCGAUAUCGAUCCCACGCAAUAUCCGCGCGCCUUGGCUCAGUGUUCCGACGCCGGCGUCCCUCGUGUUCCACUUGCUCCAGUAGUAUCCACCACCGUCGAGAGACACGAUUUAUCGUGAGUGUCCAUACAAUGGUGUGUGCAUGCUCAUACGUACACGCAAACGUGUGUAUGUGUAUGUGUAUUCACGCAUAUGCACGACCAUGUACCUGCACGUCGGUCUUUAUUAAAACGUUUCAUCAAGCGAGUCUAGGUCGCUUGUAGAUUCACCCCGAUCGAGUCGACAACGCGACGAUGUUCGUCGAUUCGAUUUGGCACGAUCGAUUGCACGCGCGUUCACCAAUGUCUGUCAAGUGUCCCAAAAAGGGUAGACACCAAUGAAUCAUAGUACGCGUGACUUUUGUGCCGUCUAUAUAUCAUAUAGCUGAUGAAUCAGCAAAAUAUUUAUAUAAUAGAAUACUAUAUGAUAGAGGAAUAAUUUUCAGUAUAAGCUUUGAUCUAUAUUAAAUAAUCAAAAGUGGCAAAAAAUGAACUUGGUGAGAACUUUCUACCAAAACUUUCCAUGGACGAGAGUGACAUGCAUACCUGAUUGAACGGCACCAAAAAUGAUUUUUCAGAUAUUGGCAAUAUCUUUUAAUUGUUUCAGGAAAAAUGAAAAAAAGUAGUAUAAGUAUAUAUCAAGGAAUUUGAGAUUCGUCCAAAUAUACCAUGUGGGGCAGAGCAACUAUGGCUGCUGUGAUCUUUCUUCUAGGAUGGUUUUGCGUUUUCACUCGUGCAGAAGCGAGCAAUGCUGAGGUGACGUCGGCCGACGCUGAAGCAGAAAUCAUUCUCGAGCGUGCGGCCACGUGGUUGUGGAGUCAACGGAAUAAGGAUGCUGGUUGGGAUAAUGACACACAUCGAGUACUUUUAGUUCUUCGUCUGGCCAAUCUUUCCCGUGAUGACAACAUCGCGCCACCGGCACCGCUUGAAUUGCAACUCGUUGCAAAGCAGAUGGAACUGGAAAUUGUGCUUUUGCUGUGGAGACAUCGGGAGGUUGGAUUUUCUCCGGUACAACUAGCACGCUAUACCUUGGCUUUGAACGCAAUGUGCAUGGACCCGAGACAAUUCCAUGGUCACGAUCUAAUCGGUACGUUGCAACAUCACGAACCGCAAGCCGAUUACGAUUUUGCGCUAACUACCCUCGCAGCAUGCAGUGCACAAGCGCACGUGCGCAAACGGCAGAUGCGUCGUCUCUUGGAUAUCGCGAAUGCCGCGCAGGACCAUAACGUCGAUACUAUCGCAAUGUUAAUCCUGGCGCUGCGGUGUAUCGUUCAGGAUCAUCGACAUCGCAACCUUCAUCACAUCGUUCGUAAACCAUCGAUGGAGUUGGCACAACAGCAAAGACACGAUGGCAGUUUUGGUGAUCUGCGCAAUACUGUUUUGGUGAUGCAAGCUCUAGAAGAAGUCGAAAAUGAACCGGCUAAUAACUGGAAUAGAUCAGCAGCUUUAGCUUGGCUGAUCAGUCAACAACGACCAGAUGGUUCGUUUCAUGGUAAUGUUCAUGCCACCGCCGAGGCGAUGUUAGGUGUCGCACCGCGUGGACUAGCCAGCAUCCGAGCUCUGGAUUGCGGACAGGGUUUAUUGGACAAUACGCCACCUCGUUUAACUACGAGCAACAUUGCAGAUAUUGGAACAUCCGAUAAUCAUAGCGAGAUUUCUUUGCCAUCAGAAACAUCGGCAAAUAAUACGAGCAAUAUUGAUACCACGCUCACCAUGGGUACCACGGCGCCGGUGCUCGUAAACGUGUCGUAUACCCUAUGGGUCGGCAGCAAUGUAAAUGAAACAUACAAUCUGACAUUGACCGCACCCAAAAACGAAACUUUCUACAGUGUGAUGCUGUUAGCAGCGAGCAUGUCUCCCCAUUUUCAAUUUGCCGCGUCCGAAUGGCCUAAUGGUCAUUACGUUCACACGCUAGCUGGCUACAAAGAGGAACCGAUGUCUUAUCACUACUGGUUACUCUACAGAUUACCCUCACCGCCCGAAUCAUCCUCGCCGCCCGGAAAUCAAUUAGUUGCACCUGGAGGUGUUGAUAACUUGCAAAUUAGUGAAGGAGAACAUUACCUCUUCUGGUAUAAGAAGCUAUGAAGUGUACGACAAGAUCCCGUUUGGCUGUCUGCGAAAGAACAUAGAGAACAAAAUAAUGAAAAGAAAUGAAAAGAAGGUAACACAAGGAAAAGGACAAAUAUUUUGAGGA